AUGCAGUCCCUGGUGACGCCGUGCGGAGCAUCGUAUUACAUCACGUCCAACAGACUGACGGUCGAUGUCUAUCAGGCUCUCGUCGACCGAGGCUGGAGGCGGUCCGGCACGAUAUUUUACAAGCCCGACGUCUUGCGCCAUUGUUGUCCGCACUACACCAUCCGUCUUCCUGUCGCAGAGUUCAAGCCAACGCGGGAUCAGAGGCAAUCGGUCAAUCGGUGGAACAGACACAUCCUUGGCGAGGAAUAUAUCAAAGAAGCUGCCAAACUGCAUCCAAAGUCGAAACAAGAAAAAGCUCGGCAGCGCAACUCCUAUGAUCUCGUCUCAACCAUUCAUGAGAGCGAAUAUGACCAUGUUAAACGCCCACCGGAGCCAGCGCACAAGUUCGAGGUGACACUCGAGCCGGACGAGUUCACCCAGGAGAAGUACGACCUGUUUCGCAAUUACCAGCAGCAUGUACACCAUGAGAAACCUCACGAAAUCUCUGCGGGCGGCUUCCGUCGGUUCCUCUGCAGUUCCCCCCUCCAACGUACCACUAGGACCGUGGAAGGGAAAAUACAGCAGCUGGGCUCUUUCCACCAGUGUUACCGUGUCGACGGGCGGCUAGUGGCCAUGGCUGUCCUGGACCUGCUGCCCCAUUGCGUAAGCGGAGUUUACCUCGUCUACCACUCCGACUUCGAGAAAUGGAGUUUCGGGAAGAUCAGUGCCAUGAGAGAAGCGGCCCUUGCCCUUGAGGGAGGUUACCAGUACUACUACAUGGGCUUCUACAUCCAUUCAUGUGCCAAGAUGCGCUACAAGGGCCAAUAUCAGCCUUCCUACAUCCUCGAUCCGGAAACCUAUGAGUGGACCCCCUUGAACGAUGACAUGCGGAAGCUGCUGGACAGCAAGCCUUUUGUAUCGCUUUCGAGAGAGCGUCGACGAAAAGCGGGCUCGGAAGGUUCAUCGGACGAGCAUGCAGAGGAUAGGUAUGAGGACUACCCACACCCAACUGCUGCGGAAGGCGACCGGGCUGUCAGGACUGGCAUGUCACUCUUUGAUCUCAAGGUUCCUGGGCUCAUGUCGGCGGUUGAGAUUAUGGAGGAAGGCAUAUUGGACACCCUGCUCCUGAGACUCAGGCGUGUACCUGGUCCAGUCGAGGCUCAGAACCUUGUCACCUGGGAGAGUAGUCCAAUGACGGAUCCAAACAGUAUCAAGGGAAUGCUCGCAGAACUGGUGGCAUGCUUGGGACCGGAGGCUGCGCCACAGAUAGUUGUAGACCUCCACUGA